CAUCCUCUUCGCGGUUUUCAUGGUCGUCAACAAAGUCGCGCAAGUUGCGAUUCGAAGUAUGUUCCCAGGAUUCGCGAGACGCUCUUCCGAAAAGCUGUUUGAUGAGAUGCUGAAAGCCGUUUUGCGCGCGCCGAUUCAUUGGUUCGACAGCAUCUCUGUGGGAACUUUGCUCACAAGGUUCAGUUUCGACGUAGAACAGGUGGAUUCGACUUUGCCAGUGAUGCUGUUUCCGUUUCUGAUCUUCAUGUCCUGGAACUUCACGGCGAUAUUCUUUACGACGUACUUGCUGUUUAGCAAUGCUGGCGCUAGUACGAGUGGUGGUAGUGGACCGUCUGGAGACGGAAGCGGUGUCAUGGAGGACCCAGGUGCUGGAGAAACAACCACUAAUGUUUUAUCCUCUCCAAUGGCAAUGGGGUGGAUCUAUAUCGCAGUGAUUAUUCCUUUGUUUCUAGGCCCCCUAUUGUUGCUUCUCUCCACCGCUAGGAGACGGUUAGCAGAAUUACAGCAACUGGAAAACAUGCCAGCAAUUCUGUCGUUGUUUUCCGAGACCUGCCUUGGUUCGACUACAAUCCGGGUGUUCGAGCGUCAAGGCAUGUACAC